AUGCCCGCCCCUGUUAGAGUUGACGACAUCGGCCCCGCCGUCGUGAAGUCUAGUGAAUGGGCCACCAUGGAUAAUGAAGCGGAUGCAUUUAAGAACACCCUUACCGUUGGGGGACUUCAAGGAGAUCGAGUCAGCCUUCGGUUUACCGGCACUUCAAUCGCCGUGUUUGGAUGGCUUCCACCAGUGACCGACGACCCUGUCAUUUUGUCAUUCUCGAUCGACGGUCGUCUCGUGUCGGAUAGAGUCCAGAUUCCGCUUGGGGAACGGGAACGACCGCAAGCUGAAAUCUGGCGCUCAUCGGCACUGCCUCCUGGGGACCACGAAUUUGCAUUAGAGGUCAUGGAGCGCACGGUCCUUGGUGUAGAUUUCUUCGAGUACGAGCCGCUACCGCCGGCCACGAGAGUUGAAACUCGCCCGCCUUCGUCCCCAUCUCCGUCCUCAGACUCCAAUGUUUCCUCCACACCUACCCCGGCUCCCUCGGCCUCUGAAACGGAAAACUCGAACUCAAACUUAGCGGAUACAGCGAGCGUUAUGCCGACGGCUUCGAGCGGGGUCCAUCUAUCUAUUCCUACGUCGAUAACAUCGGUUCAGUUAGUCAAUGACGACGUCGACAUAGUUUCAAUCUUAUCUGGGGUUGCGACGUUGAGGAAGGGGACGCGCACGGAAACAGGGGUCAAUCCCAGCGAGUCGUCCAACGACAUGGCAGGGAGGUUUGGUACGGACAAGGGCUAUAAAGCUCCGACCGCGGCAAUUGUUGGUGCUGGCUUGGGUGCCCUAGUCCUGGUUGGAGCUAUCAUCCUCGGCCUUUUGUACCUUCGAAGGCGACGUCGAGAUAAAGUCAACAUGGGCAUGCAAGCUUUGAGCGUGACUGCUCCGUUUGAUGCAAUGAAUGCAACCAUGUCCCGAACACCGCCCAAGAUGAUAUCGACGCUGUUUUCCGGCUCCUCGAAAGGUCAUCUUAACAGGGUGGAGAAUCGUCCUUGCUAUAAUCCCUUGGAGAGCCAGUCUUCUCUGGCUGCUAUUAUUAAUUCGACGUCACCAGAUGAACCCCCUCCCGAGUACCAGCACUGCGUAACUCGUUCUCCUACUAGCACCGCCGCCGUCGGCCAUGCUCAUGGUACGGCAUGGUCAACAGUGGGGGCCUCAGAGAAGAGUUGUUAG